CGUCGUGCCCUUACACGCGAUCCUCCCCAUUGAUAACGCCCGCUCUCGCACCUCCAUCCGCAUUUCAUUCAACCAUUACCUCCAAUUCCCCAAUAUCACGACGCAUCCACGAUGGAGCCGUGGCUCGACUCGCUGUCAGAAGACUGGAAGUCUGAACACCGCUCAUCCUCUCCUGCGCCUUCGGUCUCAAGCAAUCGUCAGCAAGGUAGUGUCGCAUUGGGCCGCUCUCAAAGCCGCAUUCCGCAUCUCGCCAACAACAUCCGCAAAGAUUCGUCCAACGGAAGCUUUCUAAGACAUAGAUCAAGUCGUGGACAGGCUCGCCAGAGCAGCAAAUCCAUCCUACGCGAACGCAGCGCCUCCAGUCUCAACCUGCCUACUGCCUCAGGUUCACAGAAAUACUCCAGCUUGCCGCGCCGAACAUCGAGUGUUUUCUCGGAGUCCCAGAACUCGGUACAACAUCACUCCAUUCACGAGAAGACUUCCCCAGCGGAAACGCCGGAAUGGAAGAGACGGCUUGUCGCAGGGGAAGACAUCAAUAGCGACGGCUUCGACCUCUUCUCGCCAUCAAAACUAGAGGGCGUUUUCAAACAGCCAAAUUCGUCCCAGUUGCAAAGUGAUAGAGUCGAACAGCCCGAGACUGGCUCUCUCCGGAAGCCUUUCAGCCUUCCUGCAACGAACCCUUUCCCCGAUCAAUACUCCAGCUAUCGGAUCAACAAGAGUCGGCUGAACCUCGAGAUUUUGGAAGAAGUCAAUGAGGAGGAAGAGGUGGAGCAACAAAACUUAUCAGCAGUGUCCUCGGAGCUUGUCAGGACUGGAUCUCUCCGAGGCCUAGUGAGAGAGCGAGUACAGUCUCUCGAGCGUGUUGGGAAAAGCCAGUCGACUCCAUCGUCGCCGAGAGGCUAUAACGCGCAAGAUCCACGAUGGAGAACCAUCAGCGGUCAAGAAGAAUUGCGAAACGAAUUCAUCUCUCCGGUCACGGUGUCGAAACAAAACUCGAUCCGUGACACUGUGCUGCGGGCAGAUAUCGAUAUACAAGCAUUGAAAACCAAGCUGCAAAGUGCUGCUUCAGAGGAGGAAGAUCGUCCAGGCUCAAGCCUCAGCGACAGUCGGAUCAGCUAUAUGAAAGGAAAGGAUCCGGAAGAACAAGCCAAGGACGAACCCCUACCUGAUCUGACCUCUCAAUCUCUACCUGAUGACUUGUCCAUGGGUACACAGGACUUCAUAACGCAUGGUGGCUUCAUAAAUUCACGGCGUGGCGGCCGCUCGAAUGAAACCUCGUUCCUCCGCAAGAGCCUCAGUCUAAGCCAAGAGCCUUCACAACUCGAACCAAACUCGCGAGCCGACAUGCAGUUUUACAGCUCGCCUCCUUCAAAUCCCCGGCUCCUCGACAAUAGUAUAGAUCAAAGCAGGCUCAGCGCAAGUGCCCCUACAACACCUCAAGAUACUAGUGUCGUCCACCAUACAGACACUCAUCUCCGGCCGGCCUCUUCUGGAAGCCCGUUAAAGUUGUUCGGAAAUAGAGACACGUAUACAAACAAUAAGUUGAUGCGGAUUUUGAGCCACUUCGAGGAACCUGAUGAUUCUUGCGAGAAACUGGCCGGCCCUGAGUUAGCAGAGCAAGUACAAGAGACCGAGUUCCGCAUGAGCCAAUUCGGACAAGGUGAGCUCGAUGGGUUCGGCUUUGAGCAAAACGUCCGCAGGCCUUCACCCAUCGAGCCAGCAGUAGUCGACCCAGAAGAUAGAAUCUUCAAACCUGUCAUGUCCCAGACAUCGAAUAUUUCUGAGUCGACGCUCAACUCUGCAGCAACAAAUGGAGCGCUCGAACCGGUUCAAGGGAGCGCAGAGCGGGAAGAGGUGAUCAACCACGCUGAGAAUGAUAGAACAACCAAACGACGCAAGACAUUUAUCAAUCAUCAAAUGUCUCCGUUGGACCAUGAGGUUGAAGUCAAGGUCGCUGAGCUCGGAGAAGCUACGACAUAUGCUGGGAAGAAGAGAAAGGAUGCCCGGCCUGGCGAUGAAGGAAUCGAGGCGGAUCCAGAAGUUCUUGCUGCGCGAGAUCUUCUAAGACCAAAAUCGGCGAGAAGAUCUUCUUCUGUCAGUCGCGCCACGGUAGUACCAGGCGGCGAAGUUGCUGACCAAGACCUGACCCCCCAAGCGGGCAACGAAGACCUGACAGAAGCUCUGGCCGCAGAGUUAGCCACAUUCGCACAAGAGGCGGCUCAAGUGAACAAUGAUUCACGUAAACCAUCGCUCGCCACGAAGGACUACAUGGAGGAAGCCAACAAGGUCAUGCAGUUCAUUCGGUCUCGAGGAAAACCGAAGCCUGUUGCUGCUCUGCCCAACAUUACAGAGCCGACUGAGGUAUCAGAGUUGAAUCCGGACGCUAUUUUGGACCUGGAUAUCGACGCGGACUCUACGAAGGAUGAUUUCUCUCGCCCGCCAUCUCGAGAACAUGUCCCACGGCCUGCCCAGGACCGUCGUCACGCACGCCAUGACUCUAGAACAGCGAGCUAUUUGCGCAAAUAUCGUGACGAAGACGAUAUGGACGCUCUGGGUAGCACCUCGGUAUUUGGCACCCUCGCACCAGCAAAUGAAGCGGUUAAUUUGGAAGGAGCCGAAGCCGCUGCUCCAGAGGAGUUGCAGGAGAGCAACCCUCCUAACAUGCGUAUUCUGAAUGCAGCGGAAACCAUGAGAAAACGCAAAUAUUCAAGUUCCACGGUUGAGGGCCAGCAGGAUUUGACACAGGAACGUCUAGCGCACGCUCAACAAUCCUAUCACAGCUCUACUCAACAGUCUUUCCCGACACGCUCGUCCGCGUCUGGGCAGAAAGGUGUCAUUUCUUCUGGCACCGUAUCGAUUCCCGACCGUGUGGGCGCGAUGACGUUCGAUCAUGACAAGAAGGUAUGGUUGAAGAAGCUAUCUACAAACGACGGGUCGAAACGGGUGGCCCGAGAAGAUCGACAAACCAUGACCGAAGAUGACCCCUUUGAAGAUAUCCCUGAUUUGAGCAUUGACGAGCAACGAGAGUUGCAGGCUGAUACGCGGCAUGUCAAAACUGCCGUGGACCAGAAUGAAGCUAUAUUCGGUGACAACGUACACGAUACUCGAGACGACAUUCAACCCUGCCCACCACCCCUUCCUCCCAGGGCUGCCGCUCCCACCAAUGAGCAACCUCACCACAGACCGGCAGCCGAGGAGGAUAUCGAGGAAGUAGACCAAAGCUCUCUCCGCUCCAAGACUUCAGCGCACGAAGCAAAGCUCCAUAAUGGAAUCCCUUCCAAGCCUCCAACCCAGCUCAAAGAAGAUCGAAAGCAAGCUCGAGCAGUGACUAUUGCCUUUUCGUCCCCAAUUGUCUCGGCGGUGAACUACGCAAAUCUUUCUGAAGACGACUUCGACGACCUGCCGCGGGAAGAAGACCUUCCCCUUGAUGAUUCCGCAAUUGAGCUUGACGUUGAGCACGGUGAGCAAGACUUGCCUCCAACAGUUGUCCUGCCUCUGUCCACAGACUCUUUCAAAAGGACUAGUCAAGUGCGAUUGCUCAGUCAUGAACGGGCAGUCACCUUCCAGCCUCGGACGAUAUCGCCAAUUGUAGAAGACGACGAGGAACUUUUCCAGCCUCGGAUGAGCCUUGUCCACGUGAAGCACUCUGACAUGGUGACUCCCGCGCCACCAAAGACCAUCGCCAAACUUCAAAAGACGGGCAACAAAGCGUCAAGCAUUCUUUGCUUGACUCCGCUGUCUGACUUUUCCCUUCAUCAAGUCGAUAAAGCUAGGGAUCCUGACCAGAGCUACGUUGAUGAAAGAAAACAUCCGAACGCGCUACGGCAAGCUCAUGGGUCGCUAGCGUUGGUUGUGGAUGAGCUUAUCAAGGCCAUAACGGAUGCGGCGCCAGACGAACUAUUCUGGGACCAUCUUCGCCAACUGACGCUUGCUCCUGGCAGUGUGUCCUCGGUUCACGCCCUGAAAGACUACUGUCCAAGCUUGGAAGAGCUGAAUAUGUCCGGCAACAAAAUCUCCCAGCUAGGUGGUUUGCCACCAACCUUACGGAUGCUUGAUAUCCAGCAGAACUUGGUUAAUGACCUAACUUCGUGGAGUCAUCUCCGUAAUCUUCAAUACCUCGAUGUUUCUGGGAACCGGUUGGAAAGCUUGGAAGGCUUCAGUUCUCUGGUCCAUCUGCGGAGUCUGAAUGCCAACAACAAUCAGAUCUCAAACAUUGACGGAGUGCUGGAUCUGGACGGCCUUCUUGAACUCACACUCAGCGACAAUGACUUGACAAGAGUUGAUUUUGAAGGUUGUGAUCUGAAACGACUCAAGAGAUUAGAUCUCAGCCACAACGGAUUGGAGGCCGUAAGGAAUAUCCACUGCCUUCCUGCCCUCGAAGACCUUGAUAUCUCCCACAAUGCUCUGCAGAAUUUCCCGACAUGCCAUAAUACCUCCAUUCCAAUACGGAAACUGCGGAUUACCCACAACGAAUUGGAGUUGUUUGCUCUGAAACAUAUGCGAGAUCUUCGACAUCUGGAUCUUGACAAUAACAAGAUCAAGGACAUUCAGGGCCUGCAGUCGGCAUAUCACCUGGAGUUUUUGUCUCUCAGGGAACAGAGAGAACAGUCGGACAUUGUUGACCUAGUUCUAUCCACACCAAACGAAUGCCGACAAAUCCGUCUAUCAUCAAACUUGGUGGUGAACGGGACAUUGAAACUACCACCAUCGCCUCAGAACAACCUUCGUGAACUGGAGAUUGCUGCUUGUGGCAUUUCAGAGCUUCCUGAACGGUUCGGGCUGUUCUUUCCUAACUGCCGGCACUUGAACGCGAAUUUCAAUGCCAUCAAGGAGGUGGACCCAUUACGAAAGAUGGUGCACCUGAAUACGCUACUACUGGCCAAGAACCGCGUCAAAAGGCUGAGAAGAACUUGCCUGGUCAUGUCUAGGCUUCCGUCGCUGAAGCAGAUUGACCUGCGUGAAAAUCCGUUGACUGUGGGAUUCUAUAGUCCCGCAUCGGCUCAAGUAGCCCAUGCGAACUUGGCACGAUACUGGCUGCCGGAUGGGUCUGAGGCAGAAGACGCUGCCUGGAUGAAAGUGCUUGAUGAAGUGACGGGUCUAAAAAGACGUAUGAUCGAGCUGAUGCUAGCGGAGCACUGCAAGGAUCUGCUUCAACUUGACGGACUGUGCUUUUCCCGUGAGCGGCUGCGGUCGAAGGAUGAGACAUGGAAUAAACUGACGGGCCAGGGAGUGCUUGUGAAGCCGACCACUAUACCUAUGGAAGAAGCCGAUGCUGCACAUGGCCAUGGACAGGGUAUGGAUGAUGCUGGGUUGGUUGCCCAGACUGAAGUAUCCAUAGCCAAUGACGGGGAUGUAUUUAAUGGUUGAAUGAAUGUACAACAGCCUUCUGGGGGAUGAUAGGGUGGGGUUUCAAAAGUUGCUUAUUUGGAAAUUGCGCGGGCAUCGAGC